GGGCCCAAAACUGAACACAGUACUUGAGGUGCAAUACCUCAAGUAUACAUACUUCAAGCCACCUCGAUGUGGAAUACCAAUGGAAAACCAUGAAACCAUGACAGGAACAUUGAGAGGGCUUUAAGCAAGAUUCAAAGGAGGAAGGAGGUGAAACCAGGCCUGCUAGAGAUGAGUCUAGGGGCACCAUGUCAGGCUUGAGGAUUGAGACCGUUGACCCACCUGAAGUACACACACGCUGCUGGCAAUAAACUAAAAGGUGGUACCUUGCAAUUGGGGGGGCUGCAUGCUAGUGAGAUCCUUCAGUCUGCUCCACUUGUUACAAUGAAGCACAGCUGAAAUGUAACAAACAAACAAACAAGCUGAGGAGAGCUAGAAGCCUUGGCUCAGUCCCAGAGCUACAACAUCAUUGGCAUAAGUGAAACCUGGUGGGAAGAGUCCUGUGAUUGUUGUGAUGUGGUGAAUAACUGCGGACUUUCCAGAACAGACAGGCAGGGCAGGAGUGGCAAGGGAGUGGUCCUUUAUGUAACAGAGGGGCUGAAUUGUAUGGAGCUGUCUGCUGGCUGUGACACAGUUGAGAGCCUCAUCCAGGAUGACAACGCUGAUUGAUUAUUCUUUAAGAAACUAAGAGGGUCAUCUAUAACAAACCCUGUUGUCCUUAUGGGAGACUUCAACUUAUCAGAUGUUAACUGGGAGCACCACAUAGCUGACAGAAGCAGCGGAGAAACAAGAUACAACAAAGACAAGAUACUUCAAGGUCAAGGAAUAGAUGAACCACUCUCUCCAACUGGUUUCAAACAAGCAGAUGCUGCUGGUUUAUUUCUCAGUAAUGUAAAGUUUACUCAUGUCUUCUCAAGUGACCUCCUCCGAGCAAAGCAGACUGCUGCCACAAUUAUAGAAAAAAAUAAGUUCUGCAAAGGUUUGGAAAUCAAGUGUGAUACAAGACUUCGAGAGAGAAAAUAUGGUGUUGCAGAAGGAAGGCCUUUGGCUGACCUCAAGGCUAUGGCAAAGACUGCUGGAGAGCAGUGUCCUACAUUCACACCUUCUGGAGGAGAAACACUGGAUGAAGUAAGAGAACGUGCAAAGGAUUUUUUUGAAUUUCUGUGUCAGCUAGCUGUUGAAGUGGAACAGAAAGAUCAAGAGACGCAUGGGGCAUCAAGCAGAAGCUCAGGAACGUGUGAAGAAGAGCCUGCUUUCCCUUGGACAGAUCACUGCAGUGUACAUGAACUUAGCUCUGAUAACGGUGGAGCUUCUAAAUUGUUAUUAGAUGCCAAUAUCUUAGUGGUGAGUCAUGGAGCCUACAUGAGGAACUGGAUUGGUUAUUUUGUUUCAGAUCUCAAGUGUACUUUGCCAGCAAAUUUAACUAAGUCUCAACUGUCUUCUGUCAGUCCCAAUACAGGAGUUAGCCACUUUAUUAUAAAACUUGAAAACAGAUCUGUGUUAAAACCUGAAAUCAUAUGUGUUUGUCUUAAUCAAGAUUCUCACUUGGUGGAUGUUGGUGCUGAAUGUGUAGCUCCAAAAAUGUUUUAAGAGUUUUUAUAGAGGGAAGUAGUUCUCAAUAAUAAUACAAACUUGGAAAAAGAUAUCUGUAGUAAUUAAUGAGAAUGAAAAGUUAUUGACACUGAACUGCAUAAUGGAAGAUAUGCCUACCAUCUUACGCUGACAUAUGGUGCACAUGGUCCUAGUACCUGUAUGAGUUGGCACUGGAGAAAUAACAUUUAAUGUUCUUUAUGAACAGAAACAUACUUCCAGCCAUACAUGUCUGCUAUUACAGUACACACUUUUAAAAACUGCUUCUUAUUUGCCCAUAAUUAUUUUGGUUAUCUCCAUGAGAAAGAAUUAGCAAUGGAGGAGAGGAAUUGUACCUAAAAUAUGAACUAUACUGUAUUCUUGUUUUAUUACAAAAUGCUAUAUUGUAAUCUUAAUAUAUGUAUUGUUUUAAAAUAACUUUUUUGACUGCAGUAGUGUAACUUAAAAAGAAGGAUUGCCUAGUGGAACAAGUUUAGUACAGAGCCAGGUGAGGUGUUCUUGACUCUGAUUCUAAGUAACUAUGAAACUCUGGGCAAAUCUCUUUUCCAUUUGUAAAAUGGGGAUGACGAUAUACCUACCUCGCAGGAAUUUUUGGUAAAAAAUGUUAGGGUUGUUGAGAACUCUGUUGAAGAGCACUGUAUACAACAUAAAAUAUUUGUUUUUUUUUGUAAGCAGAAUGAGCACAUAAUUGAAACACCAAUCUGUAUUUUGAAAAGUAACUUUAUCAAUACUGUAAACUGUACCUGACUGGAAUCCCAUUGUCAAUUGCAGUCAUACACUUAAUGAAUGAAUAUUUUUGCCUAGAAUUAGGUAGGCCUGAUUGCUUGAUGAUUGAUUGCUUGUAGCUGCUAGUAGUGCUGCUUUACUUCCCCACUGGGUUGUCUGUAGUUACUGUUCAAGCUUAUCUGACUAAUUUAUCAUCUAUGCAUACCUUUUCAUCAUUUGCAUAUUUUAAGCUUUAAAAAUAAAGGCUCCUGAAUAGAACUCGA